GAAAGAAGGUGAAGAAGAGAGAAGAGAAGAUACCGAAAAUAGCCCUUAUUACGCGUGGAUAAGGAGCAAAGAAAGUGAGUGUGGUUGUGUUUAAUGGGUUUGUCAACGACUUUAUCCUUUCAUAACGAACAUUCCUUAUAAUACUAUUAUUACUGGAAGGAAAAGAGAUAAGAGAGAAGAGGGUGAGAGAUGCAGAUGAGUAGUAAGGUCACGAUGUGUGUAGUGUUAUCUCUUCUGGGUUUAAUAACAGCUCUUACCGGCUUUGCUGCUGAAGCUACCAAAACCAAGAUAAAUGAGGUCACUGUUACCACCUCUGGUUCAUUAUGCUCUUAUGAAAGAAGCACUGCUUUCACUCUCGGCUUGAAUUCAGCUGUCUUUCUAAUUAUGGCUCAGAUCCUCGCAAGCGUUGGAAGCGGUUGUUUCUGUUGUAGAAAAGGUCCUUCUCCUUCAAGAUCCAAGUGGAUCAUCUCCUUAGUCUGCUUCAUCGUUUCUUGGUUCACUUUUGCUAUAGCUCUCCUCCUGCUGCUAUCUGGAGCUGUACUCAACAAUAACCACACCCUGGAGGCAACGUCUCCCGAUCCCUACUCCUGCUACAUUGUUAGGACGGGCGUUUUCUCUACCGCUUCUGUGCUUUCUAUUAUUACUAUUGCGCUUGGGAUUGUCUACUAUCUAUGUUUGAAUUCGAGUAACCAAAACGUUGGUGGCACAAGGACGGUGGCUAACCAAGGAGGAGGGAUAGCAAUGGGACAGCCUCAGUUUCCAGAGAGAGUAGAAGAUCCUGUCUUUGUACAUGACGAUACUCACAUGAGAAGACAGCUCACUUAAAAAAAAAUACAGAACAGGGCUUGCUUGGUAAACAAGUUAGGUUUAGGAAGAUAUAUUUAGAUAAAAAGAAGGCUUUGUCUGAUUUUUACCUACAUUUUUGUAUCUUUCUGAUUUUUUUCUUGUAUGUGAGGGUAUAAGAUCAUCUCCAACUUAUCUAUAUACUUUUAUUUGUAAUAGUGCUUACAGAAAGAAAAAAAAUUCAUUCCACUUAUAUUUUUAUCUAAA